CUUGCCGCAGAACUUCGUGUUCCGCCGAGUUCUCGCGAGAGCACUGUCUGCGUGUUCGGACGUUCGGAGCCUCACUUUCCGCCAUGGCGCUGAAGGUGGCAGCAGCUGCGGGCGGCGCUGCGAAGGCCAUGCUCCGGCCGGCCCUCCUCUGCCGUCCUUGGGAGGUUCUGGGUGCACGGGAGGCCUCCCGGAGGAACGUCUCACAGCAGACGAUUCCUCCAUCAGCUAAAUAUGGUGGGCGGCACACAGUCACCAUGAUCCCUGGGGACGGCAUCGGGCCGGAGCUCAUGUUACACGUCAAGUCGGUGUUCAGGCAUGCGUGUGUGCCCGUGGACUUUGAAGAGGUGCACGUGAGCUCCAACACAGACGAGGAAGAUGUGCAGAACGCCAUCAUGGCCAUCCGCCGGAACCGCGUGGCCCUGAAGGGCAACAUUGAAACGAACCACAACCUGCCCCCUUCGUACAAGUCCCGGAACAACAUCCUCCGCACCAGCUUGGACCUCUAUGCCAAUGUGAUCCACUGUAAGAGUCUGCCCGGCGUGGUGACCCGACACAGGGACAUAGACAUCCUGAUCGUGCGGGAGAACACGGAGGGGGAGUACAGCAGCCUGGAGCAUGAGAGUGUGGCGGGUGUAGUGGAGAGCCUGAAGAUCAUCACCAAGGCCAAGUCCUUGCGCAUUGCCGAGUACGCCUUCAAAUUGGCCCAUGAGAGCGGGCGCAAGAAAGUGACUGCUGUGCACAAGGCCAACAUCAUGAAGCUGGGCGAUGGGCUCUUCCUACAGUGCUGCAAGGAGGUGGCGGCCCGCUACCCACAGAUCACCUUCGAGAGCAUGAUUGUGGAUAACACCACCAUGCAGCUGGUGUCACGGCCCCAGCAGUUUGACGUCAUGGUCAUGCCCAAUCUCUACGGCAACAUUGUCAACAAUGUGUGUGCAGGCCUGGUGGGGGGCCCCGGGCUUGUGGCGGGUGCCAACUACGGCCACGCAUACGCGGUAUUUGAGACGGCCACACGGAACACUGGCAAGAGCAUUGCCAACAAGAACAUCGCCAACCCCACAGCCACGCUGCUGGCCAGCUGCAUGAUGCUUGACCACCUCAAGCUCCACUCCUACGCCAAGUCCAUCCGCAAGGCCGUCCUGGCGUCCAUGGACAAUGAGCACAUCCAUACCCCGGACAUCGGAGGCCAGGGCACCACCUCGGAGGCCAUCCAGGACAUCAUCCGCAAUAUCCGCGUCAUCAACGGGCGGGCUGUCCUGUGAGAGUCCCCCUGCCCCGGUCCCCCGGCUCCCCCACACCCAGCCAGCUCGGCA